GUGUGGAAGUUAAAAAAUGUAUAAUUAGUGAAUUGAUGAUUAAAUGUGAUUUAGUACGCUUUUAGUACUGUUCGACAUUAUUUUAUGUUGUUGGAACACAUAAUUUCAACACGGAGCAAAAAGUACUCGUAAUUGUUUAUUGGCAUUUCUAUUAGGUUUGAACGACGAAGAUAGAAGUCACGAAAGAAUGUCGUUAUCUUUGUCCCCUGUUACCGCUUUCAUAUUGAUUAGUCCUGAUUACCAGGAGUAGGGAGACAUAACAAAAAGUAUGGACAGAUAAGUUCCGGUCGUAAGUUAAGAAUUACAGAUAGCACGAGGAAGUUAUGGCAUCAGAGACAGGGACAGCAAUUGCCCUACAUAAAUGUCGAAAUUGGUGAAUACGUGAAUACAACAAUGUGUUAUGUGUGCGAAAACGAAAUAUACGAAAAUUGAGGAUUUCUACGCAACACAAAUUCUGAGUUAAUCGGAUUUAAAUCAUCAUGGUAAAUCAUCGUAACGUUAAUAAUAAAGCACAAGUGAAACGUCUUGCCCUCUUGGAGAAAAGAUUGUACGUUAACGAAGCGACGGUACAUGUAAAAAAUGAAAAUUAUCAUAAAGCAAUGUGUCUGCUCAACCAAGCACUGACUCUCGAACCGAACGACAGAAAUGCAUUAAUAGCACGGAGCAAGUGUCACCUCUUAUUGGGAGAACCGCAGAAAGCAUUGCAGGAUGCUGAAAACGCAUUGCGAUAUAAAAUGAAAAGUGCCAAUAUGGCGAAAGCGAUAUAUUGCAAAGCGGAGGCCUUGUAUCAUCUGGGUGACUAUGAGAUGAGUCUUGUCUAUUAUUAUCGUGGAAUGAGAAUUCGCCCAGAAUACGGACAAUUUCGUCUUGGAGUUCAGAAAUCGAAGGACGCGAUAAAAAACGUAUUGCACAAAGAUUCAACUGUUAUCGUGUGAAUAUUCAAACAAAUAAAAUAAUCUUUAACAAGCUGA